AAUUUCUUUAAUGAAACACACACAUAUUUGAUCGAAAUCAGGAACCAGAAUUUUUCUUUUGGUCUGCGUGAUCUAAGUAUAUACCUUUUCACGUUCUUCUUUUAUGGUGUAAAUCUUAUUCAGAUAAACAUUUUUUGUCAUUUAUGGGCCAUUUCCCGCCGACUUCAGGCGUCUACGAUACCUCCCGCAGGAGAACCCUCCUCUGUGGCUCUUCCCCACGGCAGACUUGCAUUUUCGCCGUUCAAAAUUGUAAUGCUAAAAUAUUUUCAAGGUAUCCUGUGUUACCGUCUCAGGCUCUAUAGUCUCACGCUAGUUGUUGUCUUUAUUGACGGGGAAAAAUCCCCGAAAAUCCCUUAAGGCAAAAUUAUUUUGUGAUGGCCAUGAUAAUUUCAAUGAACGGACAGCUUUUUGGGGCAUUCAUUCCCAAUUUUAGCUGCCAAAAUCACAUCAGCGAAACUUAAAUUGCUAUCUCAGUUAAUUCAAUAGGGCAAAGCCCGAUUUCAAUGCAUGAAGCUGACGUUAUGCUGCAGUAUAGCGACCACCUUAGCGGUCACUCGUUCGGACUCUUUCCCCCAAAUCAACCUUGUUCCCGUCAAUAAAGUUCCCUGAUUACGUCUUGUGAACAAUUGUAAACAAAGAAAUGGCCUCUAAAACCAACAGCUGUACCAUCAUAUUAUUAUGGCCUUGUGCGGAUGUGGCCGGCAGACUUGCCGGAUUCGAAAUUUGAAAAAUAAUCGCGGUUGAAAAUUCUAAUAAAAAUUUUUUUAAAUUAUUUGUUAGCGCUAGAAAUAAUCGCCUGACAAGUCUCACGAAGUGCACCAGGGGUGCAUCUGUUUUUAAUCACGUGGCAGUUCUCAAAUAACACCAUUCUUGAAUAAGUUCUAAAGUAUUAAGUUUAAACUCCUAUUAGAGUUUGGAGCUACUGUAUGCGUGUCGUUAUCUCGUCACAUAUGACGUUCCUUUAAAACCACUUAUUCUUAUAAGGCUUGACUCUUGAGCGCCAUUCACGGAUACACGGGGAUUUAUGAACUUGACAAAACUAUCGGUAGAUGAGAAAGCAAUUUCUAGACAUUUCUCGAUUGACUAUGCAAGCUGAUACAAGGAUAAAGAAAAAAGGUGGCAAGCUGGCAGAAGAAAGAUGGCUGUUUUUAAAACACUUCAAUUUUGUAAGAGUUAUUACACUAUUAACUCUGAGCGCUACCUUAGACAGACUACACCGUCGUUAAUUUCAUUGAAUACUAUCACCCCAUAAGCACAUGUAAAAACCGGUUAUUUCAAAAACCAUUAAAAAAAUUUUUGAAUUGAAUUGAAUUUUGCGAUAUAGUCCAUGCUCAAUUUUCACAUCGAUUUUGUCUUAGUGUUCGCUGUUCUUCGGUAUUCCGACCAAUUUUUUCAAUUGUUGUGACUCCUUUUAAACCAAGAAGGACCAGCAGGGCACGGUUGCUUCAUAAAUUUGAUUGUGUUUGAUUUGAUAUUUUAUCGUUUCCGAGAGACUCGUUUGGAAUGCGCCGCCCACAUACAAAACCAAAUUUUCUCUGAUCCUCGUUUCAAUUUUCUCUUCAUAGAUGGCGUUAUCGACCAAUAACAAAAGCAAGUGACAGUUUUGGUUACUAUUAGUUACUGCAUAUGCAUGGCUAGUCUACUGAAUUUAGAAAGCAAAUGUAAGAACACGAUUGACACGAACAAAUUUGGUAUCUGAUAAACCUGCGUGGAACUUAGUUAAGGGAUGAAAAGCCACGAAAUCCAGGCGUGUUCUUUUUCUGAAUGGUAUCCACUGUUCAAGAAGGUGACGUUUCCUAGCAAAAUUAUUCCGUUAACUCAAGAGUUUGUCGACUACCUGCUCGCCGAUAACUUGGUGUUGCGCAGCGAUCAAGCGUUGCUUACAUAUUCCCGUGAUGACUCCAGUGAUUCUGAAGAUGAUGAAGAAGGUUGGGCUAAGGCAGAAAGCGAGACACCUACACUUGAGGCCCCACAUUUUGAAGACAUUGACAAAGAGAUUACCACAGCAAUAGCUGAAUUUGGUGGUAAAGCCUUUAUAAAAUUAAACUGGAGUUCUCCCAAGGAUGCUGCUUGGAUUGCAUUAAAUAAUUCUCUUCAGUGUCACAUGUCUGCUGAUGUACAUCUACUGCUGAAAAGCUCUGAUUUUAUUCUUCAUGAUCUGACUGAGCCAUUCAAAGAAUGUGAAGAUCAAAAUGUCAAUCAAACUCCUGUGAAGUAUAAUCUUGUUUUGAGAAAGUGGGUUGAAAUAAACCCUGUGAAUGAAUUCCGUUGUUUUGUCCAGAAUAAAAAUCUAAUAGGAAUUUCACAGAGAGAUGAUACUCAGUUUUCUCCCUUCAUUGAAAAAGAAAAAGAAGACAUAGUUCGUGACAUUGUCAGUUUUUUCAAAGAACAGAUCCGUCCUAAAUUUCACCUCGACAACUAUGUGAUGGACGUAUUUCGACAACGAAAGGAUAAAAUUGUUUUGAUCGAUUUUAAUCCUUAUGGAGUUAUCACAGACUCUUUGUUGUUCGACUGGAAUGAAGAUUUGCUACAGAUAAGCGAGGCUUCAAAGACAACAUCGCCUUCCGAUUGCGCUAGCGCUACGCCCGAUUUUCGCUUCAUUCCCGAAGAAUCAGGGAUCCGUAGCAAUCCACUCCGUCGUUAUUGCGUUCCGGAAGAUAUAGCCCAUUUAACGUCGGGUGAAGAUCCUUUCAAACUGAUGGACCUUCUGAAAUUGCGAUCAGGGACCCAAGAAGAUAAUGCCGAUAGUGACUGACAAUUUUUGGUUGUAUAAAUCUUGUGGUUUCACGUAUUCAUGGGAAUACAACUCAUACAAUAUAUGCACACUAUAAAUUCAA